AUUUUAGGUUGUGCUCCUUGACACUAGAGACAAGCCGGCGGAGUUUCUCGAUGUUAUAGCUAGCUAAUGUUACAGUAGCUAUGAACCUGCAGUUUAAGGACACCGAUGUCGCUGAUACAGUCGAGAAACUUAAGCAGAAAUAUUUGAAAAAAAGGAAACAGUUGCCGUCAGAAGACAUUAUCUGUGGAGCCAGUGAUGAGACAGUACAAAGGCUUAUUUUGGCCAGCAGACCUAAACGGCCGAGCAAAGAGCUGGAAUGCUAUAACAAAGCUUUACAAGAACUGUUCAAAGCAGUUGCAAACCACCCAGACCAGUUUUGUAGCGACCACAGUCUAAAUGGCAGUAAUCAGGACCUGAGUGGGGACUCUGCAGCUGCCCCUCUUCAAGACUCUCACGGCCUGUUCACAGAAACAGAUGUGACUUUGCCUUCAUAUCUUGAGGGUAGCCCUGGGUCCCUGGAGUCUGAUGGGAAGUUGCAGGGAGCUCGCCAACUCCCUGACUCAUGCCGUUCCUCUUCCUUUGUACUAGCAAAUGUAUACCAGGAGAUGAUGACCAUCUACGAACAACUGAAAGCAGAGCGACAAAGCCAGCAGCAGUGGGAGAAGGAGCUGCAGGAGCGAGAAAGGAGGCUGAAACAACAGGAGGAGGCUUUUGGGAGGGUAGCUGGCCUGGAGGAGAUGCUACACGCUCGUAUAGCAGCUGUAGAGGAGAAACACCAACAAGAGGUGAGCCAACUGCAAGAACUUCUUCGAGAGAAGAGCAAAGAGAACAGGAGACUCAAGUCCAGCUUCGACACCAUCAAGGAGCUGAAUGAAAACAUGAAGAAACAGUUAAAUGAGAUCAGUGAACAGAAUAAGAAGUUGGAGAGCAGGUCCAAGAAGGUGCAGGCUCGACUUGAGAACCUACAGAGGAAAUAUGAGCACAGCAUUGCAUCGAGAGGCUGCAUUAAGAGCACCGAGUGUUUUAAACCACCCCAAAAGGAGAAAACUGCACUCUCUGGAAAACCCAGCAACCAGGGCGGCUGCAGUCCCGCUCCACUAAAGGUACUAGCCCUUCUGUUGGACUGGAUUCUUGACGGGCAAACUUUCACAUCAGUAGUAGAGAAAGGCAGGAAAGACCAGUGUGUGCCUCCAGAGGUCAUACUCAACGAAAGAUGCCUUAAGGUGCUGCCACUGUUAGCAGAUCAGCUUCAUCACACUCCUGUGUCAGAACCUGACCUCCUCCUCAACCUUCUUCGCCUCAUUCACUGGGCUUUGAGACACAUGGAUAGCGGCUCACAGCAUGUAGCACUGUCUGCCACUCUGCGGCGAAUAGGAGAGGAAGUAUCCAAGAUCCCAGCCCACCUAACGGUCCCUCAUUCUGAAGAUCCAGACCUGCCCAAGACCUGCAGUAGGGCUGCAGGUGAAGCCCGCAGGAGCUGGCCCCUUUACCGCAGCCCCUGUCCUCACACACGCACCCUCUCCACCCUUAUCGUCCUCCGCACCGUCACGCAAGCUGAUGUACUGGCUCAGGCUCUGGAGAGUCUCCACACGCAGUUGAUGUCGGAGGACAGCAGAGGCCUAUUCAUCCACUAUGGAGGAGUGUGUGUGCUGCUGUCAAUGAUUCGUGCUGGUCGUGGAGGUCUGCACACACCAGUAGACAUCCUGAUGCAGCUAACCGAACAGUCCCGCUACUUAAAUCUCUUCCUGGACGCAUGCAGCUGUGAGGAGUUUUUCCGAACAGUCUCUCAGCUCCUUAAACACCCUCGUCUGGAGCUUCCGUCGCUGGAGAAGCUCUCCAUCCUUCUUCAGAAGCUCUCAAGUAUCAGGGGAACUCACAGUCUGGGCACUGCAGACACGUAGGCACUCAUCCCGUGACCACUGCCAUUCUUCACCAAGCCACCCAUGGGGACAUGUGUCCGACCUUGAAAUGUGUUUGUCUCCCGUGUCUCGACAAGGAAGAUGCAGUGCGGUUAAUAAAAUCGCUCUGUUAAAAUCUCUUUAUCAUCAACUGUUUCUGCAGCAUCCUUCUCUUCUGCCUGGGAGCACGUACACACUGACUGAGUAGACUGAGUACAAACUGAUUACAAACUGGAGCGCCUUGUGAAGCCAAACAUCAUUUUCUUUCUGUCUACAGCAGCUCAUGCUCCGUUUACUCAUACUCCGUUACUGGCUUAACAAAUGAACGCGAUAAUAUCAUAUUACCAGUCGAGCCAUAUUGUUGUGAUCACUUGGUAGUUAGGACAUACAGAGGGUGUAAAGCUGGGGACUCUAUUCCAAUAAAAUUGCUCAGCUCUCAAAUUUGUCCACACUUUCCCUUAUAAAUUGAACCCAGCCCGGCACUGAUUAAAGAUGAACUUAAUGAGACGCUUCUCAUCUUCUGCAGGCUUGAAAUAUGGCUUUGAAAGAAAGUUUGUAGUUUCCUCUAAUUUAGGGAAAGUUAAGACUCAGUUUCUCACCCAGAAGAGUGAAAUGAAACACUUGAAACUGCUGCUACAGCAUAAUCCAAUUUACUUUUGUUCAUCUGUAUCCUGAAUGUGCUUUAUGUGCUCUUUAUUGUAUGAAUACAUACUUUAUUAGGUGUGCAAGUACUUUUGUGUGCAAAUUCAUGCACACAACAUAGAAGCUCUGCCUAUACCUUUGAUGGAUGUAUGGAUGGAUUAUAAUGUAAUAACAAAAGGUAAUGUUUAGAUGAGAUGUUGCAUCGCAUCUGAUUGUACAAGUGUCCGUAAUGAAGGGUGUAUGUGUAUACAAUGAAAGAGAAUAUAUGAAUAUUCAAAAAUCUAACUGGAACACCCUGAGCAUAUGGAUGGACUGACAGGAUGAUUAGUUUUUGAGGAUUUAGUUUUUGGAAUUCAUUCAAGUGACGUCAAUCAACAAACUUCUCAUAGCUGCAUUUCAAGUGAAGGAUUGCAAACAUUUAGUCCUCAUGUAGAUUUUGGGAAGAAUAUCUCUUUCAUAGGGCCUUAUGGCCUGUGUACAUACUCCAGGAACUGAACAGGCAGAUUUAUUUACUUUCAUUACUUCAGUUAUGUCUGGUCUGCACUACAAUGGACAUAGCAGUGUCUGGUCCGUGUUACCUAACACAUUUAACUGCCAGUCCACCCUGCACAGCAUCACCCACAUGACUUUAUGCACCGAUCAUGAUUUAUGUUUGUGUUUUUGCAGCGGGCCAAAAUUUCAGAAAAUUACCCUAAAGAGUCGCCCUGCUCUGGUCUGGCUAGUAAACCUCAUUAAAAUGUUAUUUGGGAGGUGGGGGGAGGUUGCCAGGGGGAAACAUUAUCGGUUCCACUUCAACACAACCAUAAAGUGAAGUUAAUCAGCAGUUUGACAUGGCAGACCACCAAAUGUAUAUUAUUUACAGCAGCCGCAGUAUGUGUAAAUAUGCUCCUUGAGUAAUGCAAGAAGCACAUGUAAGUUGUGGUAAUAUACCUGAAUGCAAAGGAGGCCAGUGUGUGAAGGAGCUGUGAGUGGAAGCAGCUGUCAGGAGUUAUUUAUGCUCGACAGGCAAAGAUCACGCUGCUUUCCAAAUUCUCAUUUGUUUUAA